AUGAAUAAUCUUUCACCAAUACCAUCAAUUGUAUUAAAAAAUUUAGCCGAUAAGAAUACUGAUAAACGUAAAACUGGAGCACAAGAAAUUGAACAAUUAAUUAGAGAACAUCACUCAAAUGAUGAUCAAGCAGUAAUCAGAGCAAUAAUUAAACAAAUCUCAACAGAAUAUACAGAUUCAGCUCAAGGUAAUAAUAAAAAAGGUGGCUUAAUUGGUUUAGCUUCUGUUGCAAUUGGUUUAGGAACUGAUGCAUAUUUAUAUAUUCAGGAGAUUGUACCACCAGUAUUAAGAUGUUUUAUAGAUCAUGAUAGUAGAAUUAGAUUUUAUGCUUGUGAAUCAUUAUUUAAUAUUGCUAAAGUAACAAGAUCAAAGAUAUUAUUCUUUUUCAAUGAAAUUUUCGAUGUACUUUGUAAAUUAUCAUCAGACUUAGAUCCUCAAGUAAAAGGUGGUGUUCAAUUAUUUGAUAGAUUAUUAAAAGAUAUUGUUACAGAAUCUCCAACUUUUGACAUUGAUAAAUUUAUACCAUUAUUAAAAGAAAGACUUUAUAUUAUUAAUCCAUUUUGUAGACAAUUUUUAGUUGGAUGGAUUAUUGUAUUAGAUAGUGUACCAAAUAUUGAUAUGUUAAUUCAUUUGCCAAAAUAUUUAGAUGGUAUUUUUAAAAUGUUAAGAGAUCAAAAUAAAGAAAUUAGAAAUGAGGCAGAUAAAGCAUUAUCAGAAUUUUUAAGGGAAUUACAAACAGCUGAAAAUGUUGAUUAUGGUAGUAUGGUUAAAACAAUUGUACCCCAUUGUAUAAGUUCUGAUGAAUUCACUAGAUUAAGUGCUUUGACUUGGAUUAAUGAAUUCAUUUUGGUUGGUAAAAAAAAACUUUUACCUUAUUGUCCAUUAUUAUUAAAUGGUAUCUUAUCUUCAUUAUCACAUCAAUUAGUCAAUAUUGAAAAGAUGGCUUCACUUUCAAAUAUUAAUUUACAUAAACUAAUAUUAGAAACUAAUCAAGAUUUUCCAGUUGGUGAAUUUUUAAAUAUAAAUACUCAACAUUUAAUAAGUAAUUCAGUACAGUCUAGAUUAGCAUCAUUAAAUUGGAUAUUAAUGUUACAUAGUAAAUUAUCAAGUGGAAUUUCAUCAUAUUUAACAGAUUUAUUCCCACCAUUAUUAAAGACAUUAAGUGAUAAUAGUGAUGAAGUUGUAAAAUUAGAUUUGAAAACUAUUGCAAAGAUUUCUGAUAAUACAGAGUUAUUUGAUAAGUUAAUUCAAAAUUUAGUGAUACUCUUUUCAAAUGAUUCUCAAUUGUUACGUACAAGAGGUAACUUUAUAAUUCGUCAACUUUGUUUAUUCUUAAAUCCAGAAUUAAUUUUCCGUAGAUUCUCAAAUAUAUUAGGUAAUAGUGGUAGUGGUAGUGGUGGUAAUGGUAAUCAAGAUGGUAAUGGUGAAAACUCAAAAGAAAUUAAUCCGGAAUUCGCAAGUGUUAUGGUACAAACAUUAAAUUUAAUCUUAUUAACAUCUGAUGAAUGUGUUGAAAUUCGUAGAAAUUUAAGAUCGCUUUCAACUCCUGAAAGUAGAGACCUAUUCUCUGUACUUUAUACUUCUUGGGCCCAUAGUCCUGCUUCUUUAUUUAGUUUAUGUAUGCUUUGUCAAGUUUAUGAACAUUCCUGUGCUCUUUUAUCUAAAUUCACUGAAAUCGAAAUUAAUGUAAACUUUUUAAUGGAAAUGGAUAGAUUAGUACAAUUAUUAGAAUCACCAAAAUUUAUGGCAUUAAGAUUACAAUUAUUAGAACCAGAGAAAUAUCCAUCACUUUUUAAAAGUUUAUAUGGUCUUUUAAUGAUUUUACCACAAAGUAGUGCUUUUGAAACUUUAAAGAAUAGAUUAACUUGUAUUUCCUCUUUAGGUGUUUUAAAUUUAAUUCCAAAAAAACAAAAUGAAGAUGGUAAUAACUCAAAUAAUAAUGAAGGAUUAAAAGAUAUUAAUUUUAAUAAUUUGUUAGAUCAUUUUAAAGAAAUUCAAGUUUCACAUGAAAAAUUUUAUAAAGAUAGAAAUAAUCAAAUUAAUAAUAACAAUAAUAACAAUAAUAAUAAUUUAGAUAUAGAAACACCAUUUAAUCAACAAAGACAAUUACCAUAUGGAAUUCAAUCUUAUAUAAAUAAUAAAAUUACUAAUCAACAACAUCAACAACAAUUAACAAUGUCAUCACCUUCUUCUCCAAUCACUGCCCCACCUCCUCAAGUUACUACAAUUAAUAGUAAUUUUAAUAAUUUAAAUAUUUCUUCCUCUUCUUCUUCAUCAAGUAAUAAUAAUAGUACUGGUAACAAUAAUAAUAUUAAUAAUAAUAAUAAUAACAAUAAUAAUAUUAAUAAUAAUAAUUUUUCUUCUCAACCAAAGGACAUGUCAAGUUCUUUACCAAAAUAUCUUUAA